UUUGCCUGAGUCUAUUCACUGCUUGUGCUUCUGUGGCUGACCAUCAUCUUAGGAGUUUUUUUUCACUUGCUUUAAGGAGGUCGGCUAGUUUCUCCUAGCACAAAAGGGGAACAAAACAACAUGUUUUGAAAUCCCCUAGAAGACAACAUUAUGACAAGUUAGGAAUAAAAGCAACUGGAGACUUCAUAGAUAGGCAGCUCAUUACAAGUGGACUGAAUGCGCAACAUUGUGGAAAACACAUGAUGGCCUUCAUCGCUUUGACGACACUACAGAAAGGUGUGGUUUGGAAGAUUCUUCAGAGACUGGGCUUAGCUUCUACAAGAUGCUUCAGCAAACACCAGCUAGCCCGAGCGGGGCAGAAUUUUUCAGACUACGAAUCCAUCCAUCGAGAGUAUAAGCCAGAAGUGCCAGAGUUCUUCAACUUUGCCAAAGAUGUGGUGGAUAAAUGGGCCGAGGCAGAAAUGGGAGGAAGGCGGCCUUCGAAUCCGGCUCUGUGGUGGGUCAGCGAGGAAGGAGACCAAGUUCAGUGGAGCUUUGUCGAGAUGGCUCUCGCGUCCAAGAAAGCAGCCCGGGUGCUUUCGGAACAGUGUGGCCUGCAGAAGGGAGAUCGAGUGAUCUUAAUUCUGCCCCGAAUCCCAGAAUGGUGGCUCUUGAACGUGGCUUGCAUCCGAACAGGAACAAUCCUUAUUCCUGGGACAACGCAGCUGACCGAGAAAGAUCUUCUCUACCGACUAAAGGCAUCUAAAGCUAGGUGUAUAAUUACAGACCACAUUCUGGCCCCGACUGUAGAGGCGGUUGCUUCCAAAUGCCCAUCUCUAGAAUGUAAACUAAUUGUGUCACAGGAACAUAGGGAAGGCUGGCUGCACUUCAACGACUUGUUGAAACGUGCACCUGCUGAGCACAGCUGUACAGCCACCAAGAGCCAUGAGCCCAUGGCAAUCUACUUCACCAGUGGCUCAACCGGCACUCCCAAAAUGACUGAACAUUCUCAUGGCAGUCAUGGACUUGGACUCGGUGUAAAUGGAAAAUAUUGGCUUGAUUUGACCCCCUUGGACGUAAUGUGGAAUACGUCAGACACAGGCUGGGCAAAAUCAGCAUGGAGCAGUGUUUUUGCACCCUGGAUCCAAGGAGCGUGUGUGUUUGUACACAGCAUGCCACGUUUUGAGCCAAAGCCUGUCCUAGAAACUCUGUCAAGGUUUCCGGUAACAACAUUCUGUUCUCCUCCAACGGCUUAUCGGAUGCUGGUUCAUCACAAUUUAAGCAGUUACAAAUUCCACAGCCUGAAACACUGCCUGAGUGCGGGAGAACCCAUGAACCCUGAAGUGAUGGAGGAAUGGAAGGAAGAAACGGGGCUUGACAUCUAUGAAGGCUACGGGCAGACCGAAACGGUGCUGGUUUGUGGAACUUUCAAAGGGAUGAGGAUUAAGCCGGGUUCCAUGGGGAAACCUUCUCCUGCUUAUGACACUCAGAUAAUAGAUGAGGACGGAAACAUUUUGCCCCCUGGAAGAGAAGGAGACAUUGCUAUCCGAAUAAAACCGAACAGGCCAUUUUGCCUUUUCACUCAAUAUGCGGACGAUCCAGAAAGAACAGCUUCAACCAUGCGUGGGAGCUUCUAUGUCACUGGGGACAGAGGGAUGAGGGAUGAAGAAGGCUACUUCUGGUUCAUAGGAAGAGCAGAUGAUGUCAUCAAUUCUGCUGGAUACCGGAUUGGGCCAUUUGAAGUGGAAAGCGCUUUGAUAGAACAUCCCUCUGUGGUAGAAUCAGCAGUCGUUAGCAGCCCAGAUCCCGUCAGAGGAGAGGUUGUGAAAGCUUUUGUGGUUUUGGCACCAGACUAUGCGUCCCAUAAUCCAGAAGCACUGAUUAAGGAACUACAGGACCAUGUCAAAAAGGUCACCGCUCCCUACAAGUAUCCUAGAAAGGUGGAGUUUGUGCCACAUCUGCCAAAGACGAUCAGUGGGAAAAUCAAGAGAAAUGAACUGCGCAAGAAAGAGUGGGGGAAGCUUUAGAAUUAUCUGCCUGUUUACUUCCAGAGUGUGCAUCCUAAGAGUAAAAAAGCUUUGUAUUUGUU